CCACCUUCACGCUCACGCAGCUGCCCCGAAUGCGCUCCUCGGUCAAAGCCGUCAUCCCUGUACCCGACGCCCCGCUUUUUGACAACUUGUCCCGCUCCCGUCACCUCUUACCCCCGUCGCACACCGACUACAUGCCUCCUUGGGGUCCCAAGGAGGAGGCCGCACGAGCCGCACGGAGACAAGCGCUCGUCGCGAAGAAGACGGCGAUCGCAGCCGCCCGCGGUCCGCCUCUUCUUCAGGUGUUGGCGGAGAGCCUCAAAACCGGUCCGACGGGGUUGCUGUACCGGUGCUAUCAGGAGAAGAAGGCGGUGGUGGUGACCGUGCGACGCCGAAGUGGGUUGAGGGGCACGGUGACGGGCCGGCUGCGGGGAUUCGACCGGCACUUCAACCUGGUUUUGGAGGAGGCAGAGGAGGCGCUCUUUGUGCGAAGAGGGGAGGGAAAAGACAGAGGGGCGGGUGAGGGGGAGGGGGCCGAAGGAGAGCAGAAGGA